AUGUCGAAAUCACCUAAGAAAAAAGCGUCCUCAUCCAGCCUCGUCUCUUCUUCGCAAGGACAAUCUCCCAAAAAAGAAGCAUCCUCGCCACUGGCCAGUGCAUCAGAAAUCCCUGGGGAGGCAAAGAAGAGUCUCUCCUCUUUCUGGCCAGAGUGGACUGAUGCUGAGGUUAAUGCAGAGAAAUGGGAUGCAGCUAAAGCCUCUAAGGACAGCAAGUUAUUUGAUGAUCCAGAAGGGAAGGUUGAACUUCCUGCCUCUUUGAGGGUACACACUUGGAAGCGUCCUUCAGAGUACAUAGUUAUUAAGACUCCUGUUGUGGUGGAAAAUGAAGCCGCCUUUGACCUCACCUCAGCAAAUGAGCAUUUACUCUCAAGUGAGCUCAUGCGAUGGGUCAUUAGUGAGAUCUACAUUCUGUGGAAAGUUUGCAACACAGAAAAGGACAUGCCUGUCUCCACGGAAGCAGUUUCCAACCAUUGGAAACCCUGGGAACAUAUCUUUUCCCUGUGUAAAGCAGUGAAGGGUCACAUGUCCCUCUAUAAUGCCUAUGGAAAGUAUGUCAUUAAACUCUACUGGAUGGGAAGUUGGAGGAAGAUUACUGUUGAUGACAUGUUACCAUUUGACAAGGAUAAUAACCUGCUACUUCCUGCUACUACAAACCAAUCAGAGCUUUGGCCCAUGUUGUUGGCUAAAGGCAUACUAAAGGUGGCCAGUACUGAUAUUUCAGUCUCAGGCUCUGGGAGAGAGUUGGGAGAGUUUACAGUCAUUCACUGUCUCACUGGCUGGAUAGCAGAGAUCAUUCCUUUAAAAUCCUGGUAUACUGGGAAAAUUUGGGAAUUUCUAAGGGGCAACAUUGCUCAAUUCCAAUUGGAGGAAGAGAGCUCAGAGGAGAAGACCACGACUGCUGACCUCACGACUGUCACGGAUUCUAAUGUGGAUGAGAUCAAGUGCGAAUCCCCCACAGCUCCAAAGAGUAAAGCCACUGGUCUUACUCCUACUCCUCAGAUGGUAGUUUGUGCCAGUUACCAGCCCUUGCACCUGCUGGAGAAAAGGACCUCUGUGCUUACUAAGAUGGCUGAUUCUUCUGAGAGUUUGAGGCAGGUUGGUCUCUCUCAGCUGUAUAGUCACCCUGUGUUGCUCACCCGUACUCGAGAUUGUCCCCUGGUGGCCCCUCCUAAGCCGCCGCCAGUCCCUAACUGGAAGCUGGUACGCCCCCGCAAGCAGACUAACAUUACAGAUGAACCCAAGGAAACUCCCAUUCAGAAGCCAGAGCAGUUAAUUGAGGUUUCCAGUCCCUUUAUCAACUUCAGACUCAUGACUAUGGCUGCACAUGAAAUGGAGCAGGGUGGUGUAAGGAGGCGUGGCUAUAGCUCUAAUCUGACUUCCUUCUCUGAAAUGGAUGAUGGCGAAGAUGACCACACUCAAAAUGAUAUUAUCCAGAACAGCCUCAAUACACUGGAUGCCACGGAAACCAGUCAGGUAACAGCAGAGGACAAGAAAAAGGACGACAGCAUCGCCAGCGAGGGUGUGGAGACAUCUUCAAGCCCUGAGAAAGAGACAGAAGGAACAGAUAAGCAGUGGGUACAAAUAGCCAAGGAGUCAAAUUCUGCGUUGCUUCAGUCCCAUGAUGCAUUAGCUUCAGAGAAACCCCUGCUGCAGGAGACCUGGGUGGACCUGCUCAACUUCACUAAAUGUUUCCAGACAUUGCUGAUUUUCCACAAGCCAAACACAUAUGCAUACCAAUGCAAGAUGUCGCACUUUAAGAACUCCAUCUCCUCUCGACUGUCUGCUACUGCACUGUCCAAUGCUGUGGCCUCCACCCACUCUGUUUCUACUCCUGCUAGACAACCCGAUUCCACUGGAACUAUUCACACACAGUCUGCAGAUCACUUCCUGUUUGUAGAUAACCUGCUACCCACAGAGAUUGUCAUCUGCUUCUCAGCGUUGGUGCAUUGGGGAGAGAGUGCGGAAGAGAAAAGGGAGUCUUCUACCAGGCCUGGUUCUCUAACAGCUAAGCCUUUCUCAUGGAAGAGCAUUGUCUCUGAACUUCCUGUGGUGCAGAUCCAAACCACCGCUAGUAAAGCUGCGUUACUCUCCCUUCCUCCUGGGCGUCAUGUUCUUCAUAUGCACACAAGGGCAUUAUUGGCCAUCCACCUACAUCUCUGCUGCAUGUCUCCUUUCGUGUUUGGUGAUGAGGAGACCGUUAUGCCACACCUCGAUAAGGAGAGUCUGAGGUUUUGUGAGCAGGCCGUAAUGAUUCUGAGAGCUCUGGGUCGAGUAGUUGGCUGCUUCUCAGAUCCAGAGGAACUACCAUUAGCCACCAAAGAUCUUGAGAGGACCCAUGGUGUAGGCAUACAGCAACAAAGGGUGUUCAACGAGGCUGUGUAUCAUAUGUUCUGCUCUGUGCUGGGGCGGAAGCUGACCUCUGAGGAGCUGUUUGCAGUUCAGACUUUGACCGGAGACCCAUCGCAUCACUGCAGCAAUGAUAAAGCCACAGACGCACGGCCAGUAGAUGAUACACCUAAAGGCUGGAAUGGCAGGCAGGCCACUGACCAGGAAAUGCAGGCAGCCACAGUUCUCCAGGCAGGUUGGAAGGGGUACCUGGUCAGAGAGAUCCUUACUGCUGCAAGACCAGGCACCAAGGAAAAUCUGACUGUCACUAAGACUCUGCAAGAGAUGUGGGCUCCCGUGGAAUCAGAUAUUGCGAAACAUGCCGUAUUUCUACUAAGACACAUGGUUACUAAUGGUGAAGGGAUUGCAGAGGUCUACCCCUGUAGGGAAGACGAGUGCAACAGAAUAACAUUCACCGACUACUCAGUGCCCAUACCAGAGGUUGCUAACUCUUGGAUUCUGAUCUUCAGGGAGGUGUUUCAUGUUCCUAAGAACAUGUUACUUGUUCCAAAGAUCUUCUCCCCUCUCCCUGUUUGUAUUGUGCAUGUCAUCAAUAAUGACACCUUAGAGGAAAUACCCAGAGUCUUUAACAGAGUAGAACCACACAUAUACACCCCAAACAAGGCCGGUUACACGUUUGUAGCUGAGGCACAUAGUGGGGACACAUCCAUGAUAGGAGGAAAGUGGCGAAUGCGUCUGAUUGGCUCCCGAGAACCACUACCACAGCUGGCCAGAGAUACACCAAGUAAUAACUUUUCAGUUAAAGAGUUGAAAGGUUACUACAUUCCUAAUGAAAAGAAUGUCAUCUGCAGACAUGUGGUAAAGGUCUCCAGUGAUCACAAUGCUACUGUGCAGUUUCAGACCUCAAAAUCAGACGUCUACAUUAAACUCAGUAUCCUAGACCAUGAAAAGGAGAUUGCCAGCAGUCAAGGCAAAGGGCAUGCCAUCAUCCCAGUCUACCGCUUCUUAGCCAGCAAUGGCGGUUCUGUGGCCCAGGCAGAGGCGAGGCAGGAUCAGGGCAGCCUUACAGCAGAGGGGAGAGUGACAGGAGGGGGUGGAGGAAAGGAAGGGAGUGACCAGCACCCUACAGACACACUGUUUCAUAAGUAUUAUGUACAGGCAGAGGUGUUGCAGAAGAGCUGGCCUUUAGAUGACUCUCUCACCUCCUUCAUCCAGAAACUCAGAGACAUAGAGUGCAAUGAAAUGAAAGUGUUUGGGGAUAUAUUGGAGGGCACAUCCGAGCCAGUUGGUAUGGACCAACAAAACAGGGACAGCCAGAAAUCAACUCUGAAAUCACACAAGGCCAAGGAGCGAGAGAAGGACAAAGACAAACUAACCAAGUCAAACUCCAGUAUCGACCAAAUUUUGGAUGUGAGUAAGCCCCACUGGACCCUGCGUGUGGUAAGUGAGCACAGUGAAACAGACAGCAUAGAGGUGAAGAAAGACACAGAAAGACUGGAGGAGAUCAGAGCCAUGAAACUGGCCUGGGAAGCAGCUGAACCCGGCAGAGCAGCAAAGGCUCAUCAGACCCGGCUGCGCUAUCUCAAACAGUUGCAAUCACAUACUGGAAAUACAGCAGAGGGUAAAGAGCCUGUUACAGCUGAAGCAGGCACACAAUCUCAGACACAACAGAGUGGAGAGUUCAGUGUGCUCUCACAAAACUUUGGCAAAAAUGACAUUGAUUAUACACCAUUUAUCAGGAGGUCUUUGCCGAAGCCUCGUCUGAAGGAUGAAGUGUUAGAGGAGGAGCAGAGAAGGGAACGCUCAGAGAAGUUCCAAAGCUUCCGCCUGAUCUGGGACAACAUUCUAGAACAACGUAAACAGGAACGAAUCACACGUAAGGAAAUGAUGAAACGACAUGUGGAGACUUACAUUGGCUUUCAGGACAUUGUGGAUGAGUAUCGGCAAAAGAUGAUGCACGCUCGUGAGGCUUUCCGUUCCCGGAUCCUGGAGGAGCAAUCUCAUAAGAAAAAAGACGAGCUACCAGUGGAACCUGUCGAACAGGAAAAGGUCGACCCUACUCAGGUCCAACCAAGUGGACGAAAGAGUGGGAGCAAGAGGAGAUGAUCUGACUGGCUAAACUAUUAAUAGUCUGAGUCAAUAGUCUAAUAUAAUGUGUCAUUUUAUUAAGAGUAUGUCACAUUAUCUCUGUCUGUCCUUUUUGAAUAUAUUAUUAUAAAGAUUCCUGUAACAAAUUAAUCAUCAUGCAUUUGACUCAUUGUCUGGUUGUCUUACUCUGUGCUGCAUUUUAAUGUUUGUAUAGGAUAGACUAUGGCCAUGUCAACACUAAUUAAUUUUUGUGUGAAAUGCAUUGA